UAAAUAAUCUAACAGUAAGGUCGUUUUAUAGCAUGAAUCCCAAUAGAAAAUAUUUGAAGGUAAACAGAAAUCUGAUCAUUCAGUCUCUAAAAUAUUAUUAAUGGUCACCAAAUGACAAAGUCAAAAAUGUUCAAAAAAAUGGCGCAUAGAAACUGGAGAGACGUGGGGAUUGGAUGGUCUUUAUACUUUAAUUUGUAUUUCCCACCUUAGCUGUGUGAUUGAGAGUUAGCCUACACUGCCCAGACUAUUAAUGAAUGAAUAAAGCAGCCUGAGCUGGUCUGACUCCUCUGGCAGCCCUGCGCCUUUAAAUCUCUCCGCUCCUCCCUCUCUGCUCAGUGACAAGCCCGCAGAGCCUCUUUAACGCAUCCAGUGGAAAUGACAAACCAGAGGCGCUCCACGGGCCAACAUGUCAAAUAAUAACAAUAGCCUAACCAUGGGCUUUAGCUUCAGCAGUUCACCUGGAACACGCGUCCCGAGACACUGACGAGGCUUGUUUGGGCCACAUCGUGAGUGUGCGGACGCGUCAAAGUUGGAGCGGGCUCGCCAAAUGGACGUCGAUGGACUGGAAUGAAUCCAACACUUGUGUCGGACUGAAGGAAGGAGGGAAAGAAACCUCUGCAUGUUCAAGUUUCCUGCUCCAGCCAGAGGUGCAUCGGUGUGCGCGCGUUGGAUGUGUGUGCGUGUGUGUUGCGCCCGCAGGGAGAGCAGCAGCAGCAGGAGAAGAAGACGCGGCGGUGGUGGAGGUGGUGGUGGUGGCCGCGGGAAGGGAAGUUUAGCGCCGUGAUUUUUGUUCUUUUCCUCUAUUUCCUCGUGUUGUUUUCAUGUCGCAGCGGGGGACGGGCGGAUUAACGUUUCCCUGAUGAAAAAUAAUCAUCUGUGGAGAGGCUCCGCGAUCGUGACUAUGAUGAUGAUGUCGAGUAAGAGCGUGGAGUGGCUGCAGGAGGAGCUGGAGUCCGGGGCCAGCUCUCUGCUGCUGCUGGACUGCAGACCCCAUGAGCUGUACGAGUCCUCGCACGUCGAGUCAGCCAUCAACCUGGCCAUCCCGGGCCUCAUGCUCCGGAGGCUGAAGAAGGGCAACCUCCCCAUCCGCUCCAUCAUACCCAACAACGAGGACAAGGAGAAAUUCGUCAAGCGGUGCAAGACGGACGUGGUGGUCCUGUACGACGAGGCGACCUCUGAGCGCCAGGAGUCCGGGCUGGGGAGCUCCGUGCUCGGGCUGCUGCUGCAGAAGCUGCGGGACGACGGCUGCAAGGCUUUCUACCUGGAGGGGGGCUUCAACAAGUUCCAGUCGGAGUACCCCGAGCACUGCGAGACCAAUUUGGACUGCUCGUGUCCCAGCAGCUCCCCGCCAGCCUCCGUCCUGGGCCUGGGAGGCCUCCGCAUCAGCUCCGACUGCUCGGACGGGGAGUCCGACCGCGAGCCGGGCAGCGCCACGGAGUCGGAGGGCAGCCCGCUCCCCAACAAUCAGCCGGCGUUCCCCGUCCAGAUCCUGCCGUACCUUUACCUGGGCUGUGCCAAAGACUCCGCCAACCUGGACGUGCUCAGCAAGUACAAUAUCAAGUACAUCCUCAACGUGACGCCCAACCUGCCCAACAUGUUCGAACAUGAGGGGGACUUCAAGUACAAACAGAUCCCCAUCUCCGAUCACUGGAGCCAGAACCUCUCGCAGUUUUUCCCCGAGGCCAUUUCAUUCAUUGACGAGGCGCGCUCCAAAAAGUGUGGCAUCCUGGUCCACUGUCUGGCCGGGAUCAGCCGCUCGGUCACCGUCACGUGGCUACUGAUCAGAGCUCACAUGUCGCUCAACGACGCCUACGACUUCGUCAAGCGGAAAAAGUCCAACAUUUCCCCGAACUUCAACUUCAUGGGCCAGCUGCUGGACUUUGAGCGGACGCUGGGCCUCACGCCCUGCGACAACCACUCCACCUCCCCGACGCACGACCAGCUCUUCUUCACCACCCCGACCAAUCACAAUGUGUUUCAACUGGACACGCUGGAGUCCACAUGAAGAUCAGACCUCGGGACUGCGCCCCUUCCUUCUUCUUCUGUGUUUUUUUUUUUUUUUUUUUUUAAAUGGGGUCAAGGUGGUGUUGUUACCACGGUAACGAGAGGCUGCUGCGCUGGAGGAGAGCAGCCGGUUUUUAAAUGAAUGUUUUAGGCUCCCCGAGGCUCCUUGUGGGUGAGCCUGGCAACGGAGCGGCGUUGGUGCGACCGCUGUGCUCACCGGUGCCACAUUUGAGCGGAUGUUUUGUGCCCAGAGAGGGUAGUAAACUGUGGGUUUGCGACGGCGUUGAGCGAAAUACACACACACAAAAAAAAAAACAAACCUCCCGCCAAUCGACUUUUAAGAAAAAAGAAACAAGGGAGACUCAACUGAGUGAGAAACUGAACAGGACAGACAGCUUCAUACAAAGAUAGGAGCAUCUACAGCGCUCGAUUCGCGAGACGACGGCGGCGGCGACGUCCUCUCUUUCUUUCUGUCUCGGCUCAACGAGCUGAGCUGACUGGUGCCAAGUGGAGAAUCUGGGAUUUACUCGUAGGGAAAUCUCGCUCUACUGAAUGUAGAGUUUUUAAAAACCAAGGAAUUAACACACACACACAUAAACAAAGUAUGUAUGUUUGUACUGUAUGUAUGUUAACGUACAUAGCAGAAAAUGUAUGGGCAGUUCUUAACAAAAUUCAGUAUGUCUAUAUGCAUUUUUGUAUAUUUUUAUGUACAUUUACGCACAGAUCUAUACCUUAUAUAAAUAUAUACACAUAGAAAUCA